AUGGCAGAGAAUCUCGCUUGUGGAGAAACCAGCGAUUCAUGGAUCAUUGACGAUAACGACGAUGACACCAACUGCGGCGGCGGAUUUACGGACGAGAUUGAUUACAACCAUAAUCAUCACCAACUCUUCACUAAAGGCGAUAACUUUACCGGCAACGGAUCAAUUCCGAUGAUGGGCUCUUCUCCGUCGUCGCUGACAGAAGACAGAAUCGGAGAGAUGAUUGAGAGAGAGAUUGAGUUUUCCCCCGGAGCUGAUUAUCUUACGAGAUUGCGUUCUGGCGAUUUGGAGUUUCGUGUUCGUAACCAAGCUCUCGAUUGGAUUCUAAAGGUUUGUGCUCACUACAAUUUUGGACCUCUGUGCAUAUGUCUGUCUAUGAACUUCUUGGAUCGGUUCUUGACAUCCUAUGAAUUGCCAAAAGACAAGGCUUGGUCUGCUCAGUUGCUAGCUGUUGCUUGCUUAUCAUUAGCAGCCAAAAUGGAGGAAACAGAUGUUCCUCAAACUGUUGAUUUACAGGUGGGAGAUCCAAGUUUUGUUUUUGAGGCCAAGACAAUUAAAAGGAUGGAGCUUUUGAUGCUCAACACAUUGAACUGGAGACUGCAAGCUCUAACUCCAUUCUCCUUCGUUGAUCAUUUCAUCAGCAAGAUCAACGGUUUCGUGACAGAGGAUUUGAUCUAUAGGUCGUCACAAUUCAUCUUGAACACCACUAAAGCAAUUGAAUUCUUGGGCUUCAGGCCGUCUGAGAUAGCUGCAGCAGCGGCAGUGUCUGUUUCCAUUUCAGGAGAAGUAAAGUGCAUUGAUGACGACGACAAGGCGGUGUCUAAUCUCACAUGUGUAAAACAGCAGGAGAGGGUGAAGGAAUGUUUAAGUUUGAUGAGGAAUCUCACCGAGGAGAAUGUUUUGGGAGCUAGAUUGUCGUCGCCGCAGAAGCUGAGGUUAGCGGCAAGAGUGGUGCCGGCGAGUCCGAUUGGAGUGUUGGAAGCAACUUGUUUGAGCUACAAGAGUGAAGAGAAGACAGUUGAGUCAUGUACAAAUUCCUCACAGAGUAGUCCAGACAACAACAACAAUAGCAACAAGAGGAGGAGAAAACUAUGA